AUGCAAUCUAAUAUCAUUGUCCGAUUUGCUAUGGCUGUGUGCCUUAUCUUCCUACUAUUGACUACUAUUCUUUCUGAAUCUAGUCCAUCUGAUUCAAAAGCAGAAUCCAAUAUACGUGUAGCUCGAUCAGUAUUUAGUGAAUCAGAUGAUGAUCUCAGUAGUUUUUGUCAACAUCUUUGUCCGAAUAAUCAAUUUUUUACUAAACGAGCUUAUUUAAAAGGUUUUGUUCAUGGUCGAUCAGCGAACGAAGAUGCUGAACAACAAAAUAACGAUGAUGAUCUUCUUGAAAAACGUUUUGUUCAUGGCAAACGUUUCGUUCAUGGUUAA